AUGGCGGACCUGUCGGCGGCCGCUCAGUCCCCGUCCGUCUCCUCGACGUCCUCCGGGGCCGAGCCCUCGGCGCCCGGCGGGGCCGGCGGCCCGGGAGCCUGCCCCGCCCUGGGGACGAAGAGCUGCGGCUCCUCCUGUGCGGUGCACGACCUGAUUUUCUGGCGAGACGUGAAGAAGACGGGGUUUGUCUUCGGCACCACGCUGAUCGUGCUGCUCUCCCUGGCCGCUUUCAGCGUCAUCAGUGUGGUUUCUUACCUCAUCCUGGCUUUUCUCUCUGUCACCAUCAGCUUCAGGGUCUACAGGUCUGUCAUCCAAGCUGUGCAGAAGUCAGAAGAAGGACAUCCAUUCAAAUCCUACCUGGAUGUAGACAUCACUCUGUCCUCAGAAGCUUUCCAUAAUUACGUGAACGCUGCUAUGGUGCACGUCAACAGGGCCCUGAAGCUCAUCAUCCGUCUCUUUCUGGUGGAAGAUCUGGUUGACUCCUUGAAGCUGGCUGUCUUCAUGUGGCUGAUGACCUAUGUGGGUGCCGUUUUCAAUGGAAUCACCCUCCUGAUUCUGGCUGACCUGCUCAUUUUCAGUGUGCCCAUUGUCUAUGAGAAGUACAAGACCCAGAUUGAUCACUACGUUGGCAUCGUGCGUGAUCAGACCAAGUCGAUUGUUGAGAAGAUCCAAGCAAAACUACCUGGAAUCGCAAAGAAAAAGGCAGAAUAA